GCGCGGAGCGCGGUGCUGGCAGUGCUGAGGGGCGUCAGCGCAGGCGACCGGUCCCGCCUGCUGCACUGGAUGCGAACGACCAACUGAGACCGUAUCGCUUUGGUGGGAUACAGAUAAUCAUGUAUGACUUUGAUGAAUUCAUGUUGAGUAAUAAUGAUGUUGUGCUCAGAAGUAUUGCUGAAGAUCUUCGGAAUUGCUUACCCAUUGAGGCAAUGCUUAACUCGGAACAUCUAGCAAUUAAAAAAAUACUUGAGCAGCCAGAGCCGACAGUUCAUGUUGAUGCAUUCCUUUAUGAUGAUGAUGAUAUUAUUGAUUCAUUGUGUGAGAAGGGAAAAAUGAGUAGAAACUACUGUGUAGUGUGUGGCUCACACAAGACCGCACCUUUAGAGUUUAUUUCUCAUUCCUUUUCCCUCAUGGAACUGAAGUUUCUUUAUCAGUAUGCAUUGCCUGACCUGACAGGAAAGAUUCUGGUUGACGUUGGCUCCAGGCUUGGUGCAGUGCUAUUUGGGGGCUAUCUUUACAGCUCAGCAUCCCAACUAUAUGGAGUGGAAAUGAAUUCAGACUUUUGCCAGUUGCAAGAAAUGAUAAUCACAAAAUACCAAUUUACAGACAGAGUAAAGGUGCUUCAUUCAGACAUCUGUACUCAGGCUUCACUCCUUCAAAAUGCUGAUGUUGUUGUAAUGAAUAAUGUCUUUGAAUAUUUUCUCGACAGACUGGAACAGGCCAGAGCCUGGGAAUUUAUCAGUCAUAAUAUGAGGAAAAAAGGGUCAUUAUUAGUGACAGUCCCAAGCCUUGAAGAAUCUAUCUCAAACCUACAGACGGAUAUACUGCUCAGCCAGUGGGUAGAAGAGAUGAAGUUGGACUAUGAUGUAUACAUGGAAAAGGAUAUUGAUAGAGAAGCACUUGAACAAAUUCAUUUGUACAAGAUUCUCUAGCAUACAGACUGAUUUACUGAUAACAGUAUAAAAUCAUUGACUUCAGAGGGAGCUGUGUGAAAGGACUGUAGGAUUAAGCCCUAUUUCCAAAUAAAUCAUAAAAAAACUUACUGUUUAUUUUAGAAAUUAUACAUAUUCUCAAAAGCUCCCGUUUCAUUAGUGAGAACAUAUUUUGAGAUGUCAAAUUUGCAUUAAAGUUCUCAGUGUGUCAUAGCAGUACAAUAAAUUUUAGCCACUAGGUAUCUCUGUAGCUUCAUUCUGCAUGGAAGUGUUUUGAAAGAAUGGCAGUCUAUGAACACCAGAAGAGUCCAUCUUGUGCACUGUUAAUGGCUGUGAACCUCCCCCAAAUUUUUUUUUUUAAAAUACAUUAACAGAAAAAUAGAGACCCACUAUUAAAUGUGAAUGGUAUUCAUAUAUUUAACACAGCUUUAUUUAAAAGCUUUAAUAUGUUGGGGUUUUAGUACUGACAAACUUACAGUACUGCUAUUAAUAUUCUGCCUAUGGAAUUCCUGAUUUUUUUUUUUUUUUUAAGGUCUGCACAGUAGCUACAGGCAUUGAUGUAGAAAAGAUUAUUGUCUCAAUUUAGAGUAGCAUUGUGACAGUGGCGAUCUCCUUCUAUUCAAUGGUCCCCAGGUUGACUGUUGAUGUAAUUGGGGAUAAAUAAGAAUCCUUCGGAAAUAUCGGUCUAAAUAUAGGAGAAUAAAAAUCUGCUUCACUUCCUUAAUUUUAAUGAGGAUUGUAAGGGGUUAAGAAACUAAAUAUUCUGAGCAAGAGUUAUGGCCUAGCAUAAUCUUUGGUGAUGUAAAACAUUGGCAAUACACAAUAACAGAACCGUACCCAAACCCUCCCAAAGAGAAUGAAACACACACACACACAGAGCUUAUAUUUAGAUUUUCUAUUCCAACUAUAUAAAACUUUCAGUUCAUUGAAAAAUUUUUCAGCCUUAGACAUCACUGAUAAUCAAUAUGUUUUGCAUUUAACUGCAGGAAUUUUUGACUAAGUGCAGUGCCAGUUGGAAGCAAUGUUACUGUAUGUCUAAAAGUUUUCUACACAAGUUAAGUCCUGUGCAAGUAGCAAAACGUUAUACUGGCUACACUUUUUAUUUUUCUAAUAAUUUGCAGCAAAGAAUACCUAUUAAAUGUUGUAAUAAUAUAUAUGGAGGCAAAAAGAUUUAACAGCUAAUUGGGGCCUUAAUAGCACACCAAAUACAUGGAUCUUUAUUAUGUGGGAAGAGCUUUAUUUUUGAGGCCAAGAAGUCAGACUUUUCUCACUUCAUUUUGUUUUUGGAGGGGUUGUAACUUGACUUAUGUUGAGCCUGUACCCAGAGACUUUUGUGGAUGCAUUUUUCAUAAAUUAUAAAAUGAAUAAAGAUGGAAAAUUAUGGUUAAAAA